AUAUGUACAUACUGGGACACGAACCACGCGGGCCGAGAGAGAGAGAGAACGUUGGGGAUCGUCCCUCUCUCUCUUUUAUAGUCUCUGUCAAAAGUUAUUAUCGAGAGUCAUUUUUGCUUAUGGCGGUACGCCUUCUAGUAUACAUAUAUUUCAGUGGUUUCUUCAGAUCUGCGACAUUGUCCAUUGGAAUAAAGCCAUAAGGAAAAGAAAAAGGGUUAUCUCAAAUUGACAUUGUUUGUUGUUUACAAUUCAUAACAUAAUAUAUUCUAGAAAAACAUUACAGUUAUACUUGCAUUUCUUGUAAUCACACUAUACAGAAAAUGCUAUAAACAAUUAUUGUUGUGUGAUUUGUCUCAUCGUUUAUUGUAUAUUUCUUGCUUCUAUUAUUACUAUAAAGAAGUCACUAUUUAUCCCUCAAUUAACGGAAAAUCCUGCAAUAUGGCUUCGGCAUCUAGCACAAGUGCCCGUAGCCUAUUUGUUGAUUCCAAAAUGAGACUGGCAGACAGAGUACAAGUCAAUGUUAAUAAUGUUGCUUCACUAGCAAGACAAAUACAGCGGGGUUCUAAAAGCAGUGAAAUUUUAAUGCAUGCAGCUAGAAAUUUCUCACUGCAGGAGCAUGGGCUGGAGAAUGCAGAAACAAAUUUAAGGAAGUUGGCUCUUAUUACUUCUCAUCUGGAAUAUCAGCUAGACUCUAUCGAUCGGAGUUCUAUUAAGUUGGAAGAAGUUACAGAACAAGUACGUGCCAUGCAGCGUUAAGUUAAAUAAUAAAAAAUAUGUAAUAUAGAUUUAACAAGUAAACCCUGAAUACUUUGUUUAUGUAUAUAAUUGUAAUGUUACCAAACAUAUAUGUAUAUCAUUUUAAAAGACUAAACUGUGAUUUAUAAGUAUUUUA